UUUAUCGAAUCAAUUGCUUAAUUGAUUGUAUGAGCUAUUGAUUACUGUGAAUUGUAUGAUCAAUUCUGUUGGUUAUUGCUCUAAUUGAGAAAGACAUUCUGUGUUUUGAAUUCUCCAUCUGUUUUUUUUUAAACUGAUAAGUCAAUUCUAUAUAUAUUUUGGUGUUAUAAAAGAUUCUUAAUGAGUUUUUUUAUGCAUUAUUACUGCAUCAUGAAAGCAUUAUUACUGCAUUCUCCUCUGAAUGUCGCAGCCGACUACGAGAUAAAAGGCUUUCAGUAUUUCUCAUUUAUCAUACUUGAAAUGAGGCCCUAUUCACUAAAUAUCCUAACAGAAAUGCCCCUAAAUGAGUUUCAAUCCUAUGCUUCUAAAUGGGUUCAAUUGAGAAAUAUCAAGCUUCCUGUAUUUUUCACUAAAUAGGCACUCAGGUUCUGUAUUAUUUUGGUGAGCCAGUCAUUUGAAAGAUUUUGCCAAGAAACAUCUGCAAAUAUGUCAAUUUGUGUUUUGUGAUACUGGUGUUGCACCUUUGAUAAUAAUGAUCAUGAUAGUUUUGUAUUUUAGUUCAAUUCUGUACAAUAAUGUGAUCUAGAUGCUUGUAAAUUAAAUUUGUGUAAUUUUAAUAUCUGUGCAAUAGAUAACAAUUUCUCCCAGCUUUUGAUUUAGUCCCUUCUACUUCUUUAUUGUAAGAAAUUGUUGAAAAUCAAAUUCCACUCAAAACUUGCUUUUGAUGUUAUUGUCUUUCAUUUCAUUUUUAUGUGGAUUGCUUCAUUGAUUCUCAAGAGCUUAUUUACGUGGAUGUGGUUUGGGUUUUCAGGAUUCUCCUACUGAAACCCUCUUUCGGAAAAAUGAAGAUACUGCUUUGAGGAUUGGCGAUUUCUGCAUUACCUGACGGGGUGUUACACAUAUAGCCAACUAAAAGGCAAGCUUCAGCGCAAGAUAUCAGAAGUAAACUUCCGAGCCGGGAAGAUCAGGGCAUCCUUGAAAGGAGACAUGAGCAUUUCACCUCCUCCUCCGAAUUCGAAGUCAAUGAAUAAGCCAACUGAGAGGGGGGUGAAGGAUCUUCCCAAGCGACGACGAUGGAGUUGGAUGAUCAGGGGUCUCACCAUGCUUCCCCAGCGGACUCACGCCAUAUUGAGCUUUUGGAAGCUGAAGGCUAUGGGAAGCAGGGAAAACGACCUCGCAUUGAGGAAGGGAGUAAGGCCGAGGACCCCAAGCCACCAUUGUUUCGCGAGCCUUUCUUAACUUUGACUAAGUCGGGGCGUAAAUCUAUGGUGAAGGAUCUCAUGCCCCGCUUCUCUUCGCCGGGAGACUUUCAGGCUUUGAGGAGAGACCCGUCCAAGUUUGUCUCCUCUGCUUUUGAUAGUAUCUUGAAGGUCGGCGUGACUUUGAGCGUGCUGGCCGAGGAGUACAAGAGGUGUGCCGUGCAGGACAUGGAGGGACUGCGGGUAGAGUUAUCAGAGGCUCGGACUCAGAUUCAUGAUCUGAAACUGGAGCUCAGCUCGGCCAAGGAUGCACUGGAAAAGGCCAAGCAAGACCUUACUGACGCCCAGGAGGCUAAGAAGACUAGCAUCCAGGCGGUUGAGACUAAAGUUGCUGAGGCCAAGGAGGAGAAGAAAAAGAUGACCGAGAUGCUUAAGAAGAAGGAAAAUGAGCUGACAGACCUGAAGAAAGAGUUGACUCAGGCUCGGAAAAGAGCGGAGCAGUCCCAGGAGGAGGUGAUUGUUGAAUGGAAGAAGUCUCCCGCCUUUGUUGAUUUUCAGAAUGAGCUGGGAUAUGAGGCCUUCGAGGCGGGGAUUGCAGAUGCUCUGGCCCACAUGGAAAUGACUUUUGCUGCCCUUGGUCUACAAGAAUAUUAUCCCAAGGUGCGGGAGAAGGUUAGGGAUCUCCUCGCCGCGACUGAGGCGGAGGAACGGAGGAAGAUCUUGGCUGACAUGAACCAGCAGGGCGGGAUCGAUGGAUAGCUUCUCUAGCUUGGCCUUUUGCAUUAGAUUUUGUUGAUGUUUCUUAGGAUGCAUUAAACUUGUGGCACUUUGUCUUUGUUUCAAUGAACUUUUAACUUAUCUUUUGAUGUAAUGAAACUGCAUAUCCUCCUUUGGCUUGGUUUUAUUGACGUAACGGAGUUGCAUGUCUCCUUUUGACUUC